AGAGGGAGGGGGGCAGGCCCCACAGCUGUUGUGGGGUAGGGGGUGUGUGUCAGGGAGGGGCCCAGGCCAGGCAGCAGAGACCCCUGCGGGCCUCAGCUGCUGGCACCAUGGACCGGUACCGGGUCCCGCGCACCAAGGAGAUGGAGUUUGGGGGGGCCCUGGGCACGGCGGUGCUGACCCUGCUGCUCCCGGGUGCCAUGUGGUACCUGCUGACGGCCUGUGGGACCGAGGAGGCCAGUGUCCUGCAGGUGCCCCCUGUACCCGCCCCCCGCAUCCUCGCCAACCCCCAAGCCCUCCUCCUUGUCCUCGGCUGGCUCGGCCUCCAGGCCGCCCUCCACAUGCUGCCCAUGGGCAAGGUCACGGAGGGGAUCAUCCUGCGGGACAAGACCCGGCUCCAGUAUCGUGUCAACGCCUUCCAGGUGCUGGGGCUGACAGCGUUGGGGGUGGGUGCGGGGCUGGCCGCAGGCCUGCGCCUCAGCUUCAUCCACGACCACCUGCUGGAGCUCGCUGGCGCUGCCACUCUCGUGGCCUUUGGCCUCAGCCUCCUGCUCUACCUCAAGGCCCUGCUGGCCUCCGAGGCUGCCCUGGCACCUGGCGGCAACUCGGGGAACCCCAUCUAUGACUUCUUCAUGGGCCACGAGCUGAACCCACGUGUGGGCUCCUUUGACCUCAAGUAUUUCUGUGAGCUGCGCCCAGGCCUCAUUGGCUGGGUGAGUGCCAGGGUUGGGAGGAGUUGGGGGGGGGCGGAAAUAUGGGGCCAGCUCAGCUCCGGGGGUUGGGAGGCGAGGGGUAGGGGUUGAUGUGUCCCCUCCACUCCCCCAUGACCUGGCCAUGCCUGGCAGGAGGCCGUGCUGACCACCAUGGACAUAGUGCACGAUGGCUUUGGAUUCAUGCUGGUCUUCGGGGACCUGGCCUGGGUGCCCUUCACCUACAGCCUGCAGGCCUACUUCCUCGUCGGCCACCCCCAGCAUCUCGGUCUGCCCGCCGCUGUCGCCAUCUUGCUGCUCAAUGGGCUGGGCUACUACAUCUUCCGCAGUGCCAACUCCCAGAAGAACACCUUCCGCAGGAACCCCAAUGACCCUCGAGUCGCCGGUCUCAAGACAAUCCCUACAGCCACGGGCCGGCGCCUACUCGCAUCAGGCUGGUGGGGCUUCGUACGGCACCCCAACUACCUGGGGGACAUCAUUAUGGCCUUGGCCUGGUCACUGCCCUGCGGCCUGACGCAUAUGCUGCCCUACUUCUACGUCAUCUACUUCACAAUGCUGCUGAUCCACCGCGAGGCACGGGAUGAGCGCCAGUGCCUGCGCAAGUAUGGGCUGGCCUGGGAGGAGUACUGCCGGCAGGUGCCCUACCGCAUCUUCCCCUACCUCUACUGAGCCCUACACCCCCCCUCUGCCCUGGCUUGUGGCUCCUGCUGCCCCACCAGACCAGCCUCAGGAUGCAGGGCUGUGCCAACGGCGCCCUGGACAGAAGCUGGCUCCGAGCCUAGCUACCCUGGUCCCCCGUACUUGAGAUGGCUCCAAAAACCCAGUGCAGGGGGUGGGAGAUGGAUUACCCUGGCCAGAGCUGGCCAGGAAAGGCCCCCUAGGCCACUGGAGCCAUCACCCUUGCCCAGCUGCACUGAACCCCUGCACCAGGGUGACCCAUGAUGCUGCGGGGAGGCCUGACAGCACGCAGGUUGCCUUAUCGGACUGAAACUGCCUGAGACCAUGACAUCCCAUCCACCUGCAUCUUAUUUGCAUCUCAUUGGAAAGGAGUGCAUUGCCUUGAUGACUUUGUAACACUGACA